AGCCAAGGACGUUUCUCUGUCAAUUUACCGUACGUCACGGACUUAUUGUCAAUGAUUUUCAGGAAGCGGCGUCCGAUCUUUCUUAGUCUGUAGAAACUACACUGUUCAUCUGCAUUUUCACGUGAGUGCAUCAUUGUUUUCAGACACCCUUCCGCCGCCCAACCGCCUCCAAACACUGAUUUCGUUAUCUGAGUAUGUGUAUUUGAAUAAUUCUUUUUGCACCCAUCGAUCGCUUGGUUUGGAAAAGGGUCUUCGGCCAGACUUCAAAAUGAGGAUACGGACGCUAUUAUCAGCGGUAUAUCUGCCCCUGCUCGUCGCAUCCCAAAGUGAGACUUCGCAGCCCGGAACUCAGACGACGGGAGCGUCUUCUUCAGCUACUGGGCCAGCAAUUGGCGACGUCGCUCAGACGACAAACCUAACAUACAUUUCCUACACUUCUACUAUAACGCUGAGCAGCACGGGUGCAAGUUCGACUGGAAAUGCAACAGCGAACCAGACCGAGCUUAUAGGCACAACAUCUACGACCAAUGGGACUGCCUCCGGAACUUCGUCAUCUGCAAGGCCCACGAAUACUCAACCAUGCAAUGGCUACGUUGAGUUCUGUGAUAGAUCGUACUCCAAUAUCACGUACGUGGCUGCCCACAACUUCCCUUUUAUCAAGAAGAACAAUGCGGCUCGAAACCAGGAUUACGGGAUCAUUGACCAACUGAACGAUGGUAUUCGCAUGUUGCAGGCGCAGGCACACUGGGAAAAUGAAACCAUGUACUAUUGUCACACUUCAUGCGACCUUCUGAACGCCGGCACAGUCCAGGCGCAAUUCGAGAAGCUUGUGACGUGGCUGGAACAGAACCCGUUCGAGGUGGUUACCAUCCUCAUGGGCAACUAUGACCUAACCGAUGUCACAAACUUUGUGCCGGCUAUUCAGAAUUCAGGACUCGAGAAAUACCUGUACACGCCUCCGCAGAUUCCCAUGGGCAUCAACGACUGGCCGACUACAUCCGAGCUCAUCAUCAACCAAAAGCGGGUCAUCUUCUUCAUGGACUACCAGGCGAACCAGACCGUCGUGCCUUACAUUCUUGAUGAAUUUUCGCAGAUGUGGGAGACGCCGUUCUCGCCGACGAAUCCUGACUUCCCUUGCACAGUCAACCGACCGCCAAACUUGAAUCGCAACCAGAGCCUGGAAAGAAUGUACCUUGCGAACCACAAUCUCAACGUAGACAUUUCGGAUCUGGGCAUCAAUAUCCUAGUGCCAAAUGUGGCUGCAAUUAAUCAGACCAACGCCGUAAGCGGGAACUCAAGCUUAGGUCUUGCGGCCGAAACUUGUACUUCGGACUGGGGCCGCCCGCCAAACUUCUUGCUCGUUGACUUUUAUGACAAGGGCAACUUCCCUGGCUCCGUUUUCCAAGUCGCUGCCACGAUGAACAAUGUUACCUACAAAGGGAAGUGUUGUGGAGGCAGCACAUCUGGAGCCCUUGGCCGAGCCUUCAGUUCGUUGCACUUGGUAUUCAGCGUUGGGAUUGUGAUUUUGUGUCUGUGUCUAUAAGUAGGGGAGAGGAACCCGUGGCUUUUACUUGUACCUUGCGGAUUAGCUCUGAACGACGUGACCUUUUCAGCGGCAUUGGGCGGUGUUUGACAAAGUUCAAGUAAUGAGAAAAGUUAUUGAAGAAAUUUGCGGCCCGAGGAGGGCCGAUCACAGCUUUUUCACAAUCACGCGCUCGAUGGCAUCGCGUAGAGGAAAUGAAGACGACAUCUCAUCCAUCGUCGCUCUCGUCCUGUUGCUCGUCUCGAACAAACCAAUGCCCGCACGAGUAGAACAAGUUCAGAGGCAUGGCAGG